AUGAUUUUAAUCUACCCUUCUUGUUUUAUUCAUUCAUUUGUCUCCGUUAUUUUUCCUGCUAUUAUCCUCCUUCGUUCAAUAUCUCCCAGACAAUAUUUCAUACAGUACAAGGUGUAUAUAGAAACCAUGACUACACCAUCCACAGCUAAACUUGUGGGUCGGGCAUUGACACAAGCACGCAAACUAGUCGAAUCCGAUACCGAAGUUUCGACCAUUGACCUCAAUCUAUUGGGAAAUCUCAACACCAACCAGUCGCUCAACUAUAUCAAGCUUGAAAGUCAGUUGACCUCAUUAGAGAAGGAUGCAGAACAGAGGGAGGCACUUACGCAAGAAUUACAUUCGCUUGAGGACGAACUCACCCUUAUAGAGAAAAGUGUGGCUCUGUUGGGCGAGCUAGUGGAAGAACUAGAUCAGUGGUCUCGAGAAGUUGCGAGAGAACGAGAGGCGCAAGCGAUAAGCUGA